GUAAAAACCUGCACAAAGAAGCGCAUGCGCACUAGCGCACGAAGCCAAUUGUCCCUCCUCAGACGCCGUACGUCAACAUCACAAUGCAGUACACAAGCUAGCAUUAGCCAACAUUCGAUGAUAAUAUAUUCCAGGUCACUUAAACGAUCCUCCAAGUCAGCCGAUCAACAUGGUUAACGUGCACAAAGGUGUCCUUGUUGAAUGCGACCCAGCCAUGAAACAGUUCCUCCUGUACCUGGAUGAAACCAUGGCCUUGGGGAAGAAGUUUAUCCUGAAGGACUUGGAUGACACACAUGUGUUCAUCCUCGCAGAGGUGGUCCAAACCCUGCAGGAGAGAGUGGGAGAGCUAAUGGACCACAACUCGUUUCCCAUCACACAAAAAUGAAACUUCCGCUUUGUUUUGAGCUCCUGUGUAUUUUCUGUUUAGUUGAUCUUUAUAGGUAGAUGCAUACCUCUUUCUAUUGCGUCAUUAAAAUGGUGAAAUGAACAUUGUC